AUGGUCGAACUCAUGGAUGUUGACAGCGAAAAUGAGCAUACUGAGGCCAAGUACGAAGACAAAGCCACUUACGAGUCCAUGCAAAUAGACAGUGGAGAUAUGACAACGUGCAUCUCCACAAAGUCGAAAUUCAACCCUGGUUCUUUUAGCAAAACUCCCGCUAGCAGGGGGAUAAGGCUUUUAAAAACCAGUACGAAUCGUUGCAUCAAGGCAUCAAAUCGCAAGUUCAAAGGCGAAAAACGGCAAAAGAAGCUUGACAGAUCCACUACCCCGAAUUUAAAGCAACGUGUUCCCAUCCGUCGCCAUGAAAAGCAGCAAUUAUCUGAGGGAAAUCUCCAUGAGAUUCGCAAGAAACAGUCCGCAUGUGUGAUUUCCCUUAGCCACAGGCUCAUCGGGCUUAAUCCGUUGGGCUCCUUUGCUGAGAAUUGCGAAAAGACCAUCCCAGACUGGAUUACACUCUUAGGCAAGACUAUGUUGCCGACUUUCAUCAACAGCUCACAUCCCUGUAUCAUCGCCGCAUUCAAAGCAGUGGAUAGCAUCAUUUGUGGAGAUGAAGGGACGCAUUUGCUCCGACGGUUGGCCUACAUCGAAUUGAUGCGACUCUUUGCUUCUCUUGAAGCUAUUAUUAAAUAUGAAAGAGAGACUGGACGGAUCUCCCGAGAACCUGGUUAUGGCAAUGCGAGUCUUGCUCUUGACAUAUAUAUGAGCGCCCAAGAAAGCCAUCCGCAUCCCAACGAUUUGCGGCGUGAACUAAGGGAACGUAAGCGAGCUGGUAGAAGCUGGGAGGACCUGGCGAAGCUAUCUCCACUUCUUUCUAUGAUCUAUUUAGAGGCAGCCGAGCCGGUUGUGAAGGAUUUUAAAAGAUUCGACAGCGCAACUUUGAAAUUGGUGGCGGCAAGAGUCCUGGAAGAGUGCCCAAAGGAGCUUGUACAGAUCUCUAUUCAGCUUGCUGAAAGAGUAGAAUCAGCAGUUCGAUCCGAUCUAUUGUUCGACAUGAGGCAGGUCACAGUCGCGCGAAUCAGACAGUCACUGAAACUAGCUUGAUGGUUGGGAGUGGCAAAAACUGCCCCCAAGGGUUAAUCCCGACUUCCCUGUGGCCCAAUAGUUCUAUGUGGUUUAUAGUCCUGUGUGGUAGUUUAUGGCGU